CCGGAUCAACAAGCGAGCGGUUUGCAGCUUGUGUCGGUUUCUUCGCAAAAUUAACAAAAAUAUAAUUUCCUGCAUAGUUUCCUAUGUUUUAUUGUAUUCUCAAAGUGUAUUAGUUCCAGCUACUCAAUAGUGUUACUCUAAUAUUUAUUUAUCUACUUAGAAAUGCUUGGAGAUUCAACGUAAUCUAAGUGACAGAUGUUACGGUGUUAACUCGCGCCACUUUUGGAUUAUUACUGCUUUUUGAUUGAGUAAAACAUGGAAGAAAUCAAGGAUAAUACCGUUGAAAUGGAGUGUAACCCGCCAGUGUCAGAAUCCGCAGUCCAAGUCCCAGUAGUGGAUGCGGCAGGUGACAACAAUGUGGGGAGCACGAACAAUAAGGAUGAUUCCCAAAACCUCUUUCCUGACAGUCCGGUCUACGAACCCGAUGACGAUGUUGUGACUGUUAGCAGCGGAACUGACGAAGUUAAUCUGGUAUCGUCAGACACAAAAGAAGAACCGACAGCGCAGCCCAAAAGAAAGCUAUCAGACGACCGGUCAGAUAGCAGCGCAAAGAUCCAAAAACUAGAACUUACCGACGAUGAGUUUGCCGUAUCCACACAGAACUUGGAUGACGAAGUCUCCGAGAUAACCAGCGCACCUAAACGGAAACUCGAAGAAGUGGAGCUUCCAUCCACCUCUAGAGUCCGUACUCCGGCCCGGUCCAGCCCAAGAAGACUCAAGCGAAGCAAUAGCGCCGAAAUCUCCAAACCAAAAACACCAAAGACCCCUAAGUCUCGCCCAGCCAGCGUCGACGUUACCUCUUCUCACAAAACUCCACGAAAAGCUAAAGAUGAGCCAAAGGAAAUUAUAUCCCUCUCCGAUAGUUCCUCACGCCCCAGUGUCGAGUUCAUUACUGAAAUACCACCCCCGAAAGUUCCAGAAACAAUUGCCGAAGAGAACUCGGAGUUGGAUGACUCGCAAGGCUUCCAUCUAGAACUUUCCCCAACUCCUGAGGACAAUGCAAUUAAAGUUAAGACUCCGAGCAACAGUGACCCAGUACUUGUUAAAGACAGGAAGGAAGAACUCAAUCCUGGAAAAAUUAAUGAUACUAGAAGCGAAGGGUACAAGUACUCUGAUCAAGGCGCCUUCUCCCAACCCAAAGUGAAAGAUUACAUCGGAAAGACUACCGACCAAGAAAGCACUGAUAGUGUCGGUUCACUCAACUUGGAGAGUCCAGAUACUCUACCUACCGUCGCGUCGAAGUUGAUCUCGAAACUGUCCAAUGGCAAUUCAUCCACUCCUACCGAGAAUUCCGAUGGUAAGAAUGCUGAGGACAGUGACAGUACUCCUGAUAUGGCCAAGUUGAACUCUAUUAAGAACAAGAGAGGGAAGAAUGAGUCGUUCAGAUCAAGUAAUAAUGCUACUCCAUCAACGAUUUCGCCUUUAGCGAAUGGUCACUCUCUUCCAAUCAACACGCCACAAAUACCAGUCUUCGACGUCCACAUAAGUCAUAGUGAGGAGAACGAGUUCCUGUCUCUGUAUGUUGUUCGGACGGACAAUGACCUUGGGAUGGACAUGUGCAGAGAGUACCAGAGGAUUUCUAAAAGGUUCACAAUAGAUCCGUAUUUAGCUGAUGUGUCUGUGAGCAAUUCUCCAUCCAGUGUUACUAGUGGCGGUAUGAUCAAUUUGCCGAAUAGAACAUCUUUCGCGUCAACAGUUAGUUCGACAUCGACGUCAAGCAACCGAACGAGUGAUGGCGCGUUUGUUGUACCACAACCGCCGCGGAAAUCCAUCGCCAACCCUACAACAUCUGUCAAGGGAUAUGAAGCCUUAAUGAAGAAGCUACAAGAUAUAUUCUCGCAUAUCCGAGAGACUUCCGUAGAUGAGGGUUUGAGCGAUGACAAAGUUUCUGUGGGUAUUCAAACAUCUGCGUCUAAUGACAGUUCUAUGAGUAAUGGUAAUGCAAGUCCGGAAGAAGUAAACAAAUGCGAUAAGGCGACUCCAAAGAGCUCUUUGAAGAAGACACGCGUCCGAGGGCGACGGCCUAUUGCGGGGAAGACUAAGCGAGCAUUACUGCCAACUCAACCUGAAGAACCGGAGUACAUGCACGGGAUGAACUCACCAGAAAUGGUGCCGACUAAUGGUGAAAAUGGGAAGGAGUCUCCAGUGAAAUCACCUAAAGACGAAAAACCAUUAUCGUCACUGGUGGCUACGCCUAAAUCUGUGAGUAAGUUGAAGAAGAAGGGUCGUCCUACGUCUCCGCGACCAGCUACACCAGUAGAAAAAGCUGUAGUGAAGCAAGAAUACCCUGGUUACGCGCCAGAUACGGUAGUACUAGCUAAAUGGGUAGACAAACGAUACUAUUCAGGAAAAGUGUUGGAGAUUACGGAGCCAAACAAAUACCUGAUCAGGUUUGAUGAUGGCCAGACUAAAGUAUUGUUAGAUGACUUUAUAAUAUUUGGAGAUAUGAAGGCGUUGCCUUUGGAGGGUCAGUCCGUUUACGCUAUGGUUGAUGAAGAGCAGAACUAUGAGCCUGGACUAGUGCUUGGAGUCGAGGAGAAUGACAGCGGAACUAUCACCUACAAAUGUACUACUGAUGGGGACACGGUGGUGCUAGUAACAGCGAGUGAGCUAUACCUGACGGAAGAUCAAGCGCGCUCCUUGAAGGAGGCGGCGCGCACUAGAGAGCCAUCGGGACCUUCCACGCCACGGCGCAGACACCAUCGGGAGCUAGACCUUGAUAAUAUCAUACAGGGACCUCGCAGCGCUAGAAGCCGCGACAAGGGCAACUCGAGCGCGCGCAAACGUGUGGCUUCACCGAAGAGUCCUAAAGCCUCCACUUCUGGUAUUUCAGGUGUAAAAUCAAAGAGUACUCCAGUGAGUCGCAGGCGGCUAGCGAGUGAGAGUAGUGAGAUGAGUGAGAGCAGUAACUCCGCCCCUCCCGCGCGACUGGAGGAGGUCGCUGGGGUCGAACCAGAGGUACAGAGGACUCCGAGGAAGAUUGACGGGGUCAAAGGUGUCUCACUCUCCGCAGCUGGUCCGCUCCAGCUCAAAGGAGCCUCAAAACAGAAUAUAGGCAAGAAGAACUCCAAGCUGACCAAGUUUGAGAACGAUGAGGAUACUGUCUCCAAGAUGGGUCCCAUACCCGGACCUGAUAAUAAGCUGUUCUCUGGGCUACACUUCUUGUUGACUUGUACUGAGACGCCGAGGCGGACACGCACUGAGAAGGCGACUCAAAGCGCAGAAACCCGUCACUACUCGUCUGAAGAAGACAGUGAGACCACUCACUCAGUGGCGGGCACUGAUACUGAGGACCUGGAGUUCUGUGAUCGUCCCUUCAACAAGGAGCGCUUGAAGGAACAACUGGAAGCCGGUGGCGGGACUGUGUACAGCCACUUCGACGACGUGCCAAAGAACAAGUAUAGUGUUUGCAAGUUGAUCGCGCCGCGCCCCUGUCUCACCGCGAAGUACAUUCAGUGUCUCGCCGCGGACAUCCGCUCCGUGUCACAUGGCUGGGUCAUCAUGAGCUGUAUCGAGAACUCGCUGCAUGACAUCGACUCCUUCGCUCUACCAGCCGGCUGGUCUAUUCUGAAACAGAGGUUUAUUAACUGGGUUCCGCCAUCAGGCAAGCGCAACGCGACGUUCUUCAAAGACAAGAUCAUACUCCUAUGUGGAGACCAGGAUACAUUCGUCAAGUUUUGGGAGCGAGUGUGCACCCUGGCCGGGGCCACGACACGAGUCGUCAACGAGGAGGACCUCAACAUGUCCGGGGCCCUCGCACUCGUCACAGAGUGGGAUUGUCCCCACGAAGUACAAAACAAGGCGAAUCAGGACAACAUCCCACUCGUGUCCACGACCUGGGUCGUCCAGUGCCUAAUAGAGGCUCGUGUCAUCGCCCCCACCAGCCACGAAAAGUUCUCAUUUAUGUUCGCGGAGCCAGAAUGAUCCUGGGACUUCAAAAAGAUCCUCAUUAUACGUGAAAAUUGACACUUGAGGUGACGCGACAGUGACGCUUUAGUGAUAGUGAAGUGAAUUAUCUAACUUACUUGCAGUGGUACAAAUACAUGGUUGGUUAAAGUACAAAACUUAAAGUAUGUUAUGCUAAACAUGUUAAAAGUAUAAAGCUUCAAUGCUUAGAUGAUUAUAAAGUUUAAAGUUUAACCAAAUUGAAUAUAAUGCUUAGCUGCGAUUGUUGAAGCGAUAUUGUUAUAUGUUGCUAUUUUUAUAAGCGAGAAUUAAUUGAGGAAAUAUUUUAUUCACAAUCUGUGCUUAUACCACUAUAUAGAAAGUUAUGAAGUUAAUAAACUAGUGUUUUAGUGUAUAAAGAACUGCAUGUGCAGCUGAAAGUGGACUUGAGAAUUUUAUUCAAAAUGUCAGUCUUGGUGUUUAUAGCGUAAGGAUAAUGUUUGCAGGUAUUCGUAAAAUGUAUUUAUUAUGAUUUUUAUACAAUGUUGUCGCGAUAGUUGGGAGUAUUAAGUGGUUAAAAUGAUGUAUCGUUGGCAGACCUCCAUAGUAGACUAUCCAAGUCAAAAGUAAUCGUUUAAUGUAAGACAGGUUGUCGUUUGGCAUGACCACUAAGGGAGCCAUUUUCACACAACGAGCGUCUUAUGAUAACGAUCGUUUUAUGAAUCCUAUAAUUAAGUUAUCGCGACAAUAUCCUACAACUGAUGUCAACGUAUACGCGUCAUAACAUGACAAGUGAAUUUCAAAUUUAUAAUCAAUAAAUUAAGGUUCAAUGUUGUUGGUAAGCUAUGGCGCUGACGACAAACAAGAUCUAAAGUCAUAAACUUAGAUAAUAUGUAUUCUUACUUCUAAUGAUCAUAGUGCGACUGAUUUCUAAACUUAUAUCUAUUACAAUAAAAACUUAAUUCCUAUGCUAUGCUUUGCUGUGUGUUAAGGUUUCUGCAAGAGAACAAAGAAUGAAUUAUUCCCAACUACAAAGUGAAAGAAAAUGUAACUUCAUAGAUAAGACUUUGUUGUUCUAAAUGUCGCAAUAUCGACUGUUAAACACGAGUUUUUCUAUCUCAAAAUUGUUAGUACGAAAUCCAGAUGUGUCUAGUAUUUGAAUCUAGGCAUAUCUGAAUAUUAUCAUUGUCUAUCUGACCCCUUCAUUUAGGUACAUUUAACCCAUAGUUUGUUUAGAUGGUGAACUAGAAGUUGACAUUUUCUGUUGUCUCUUAAAAGUAGCAAUUACGAUCUUAAAACUCAAAAUGGGAUAUGAUAUGAUAAUAAACAUUCACUUCUAUGGUGGUUUACUAACAAUUAUUGCUAUAUAUAAAUUGUCAUUCAACCUACAAUGCAGAAACCUAUAGCCAGCAAGGCCACUAAAUGUUCAAAGACUUUCUGACUUCAAAGAAUGAUUAUAUAGGUAGCUAAGUAUAUUCUAUAGGAUUACAAAGUCGUAUUCAAUUGUAUAUUGGUCUCAUUUAGUUCUAAGAUUAUGAUAAUGUAAUUGUAACUAUGAAUGUUGCUAAAAGUCAUCAAUUAAAUUUCUAUCGAUUUUAAAUCGAUGUUUAGCCAAAGUGAGCUAAUAAAGUAGUAUCGUGAACAAUAUAAUAAGGAUCAGGUUGAACUGUUAUUUAAUUUUUAUUUGAUUUUAUAUAUUUCUUGAUGAUUUUGAACGCCACUAUCGUGUUUAAGUGAUAAUUGAAGCACCCUGUGCGCCAGUCAGGAAUUUAUGGAAAACUAGCACGAAGCUAUUAUUUUUGUGGGUGUUUCAAUACUUCUACAU